UUGGAAACUGUUUUUAUGCGCAUCAAAACAAACUGGGAUUUUUGAUUUUGUAGUGAUAUGAGUUUUUCAUUUUCUUUUAUAGUUUUAAAAGUUUAAAAUGGAGGAUACCAUAAAGAAGAUAUCUGAUCAUGUUGAAAAAGAAAUUGAUAAGAAAGAUGACCAUCAUUCUGGUCGCAAGUCACCUCCACCUCUCACUAAGAUUCCAAGUGUAAAAAUACGCUGUGAGGCAGAUGAAAAUUACCAAAAAAUAGCAGAGACCAUCAUACAAAAUUUCAAGGAAACUGGAAGGGAGAUUUCAGCACCGUAUGAAGUGCCUCAUUUUCCAAUAGAAAAGAAUGAAUCGCGGAAAGCGGUUCAAAGACAGUUAUCUUCCAACAGCUCUAUGAUGAAUGGAGAUAAAAAGGCCCAUUUAAAACUUUUGGAGAAACAGAGCUUUGAUCAGAGUAAGUCUGUAGAUGUGGUUGAUAAAAAGGUUCCAUUGUAUGAAAACAUCUAUGUGCCAGAUUUCCAGAGAGUCACCGUUGGUGGAGAACAUUGUUCUGGGGUUCCUUUAGAAGACCUGAAGCAGGCCUCUUCUAUGUUGCUUCAAGCUCUGAAUUUGAGGCAGAAAUAUAUGAAUUUUGCAAAUCAAUCUUUUCCUGCUCUCACUGCAAGAUUUUUGAAACCGAGGGAUCAGCACUGGGACUCCCAUGUGGCCGAUGCAUCAAAAAGUGAAGAUUUAGAAGGUUACUCAAGGUUUGAACAAGAAUCUAUGAUUAUGAGAGAAUUGCCUAUAACACAACCUCCAACUAUUCGGGAUCCCUGGGAAGCUGACCUACUUGAAGAUAUUCCAUGUGUUUUCCAAGUCAACCUUGGAGUUUAUUAUGGAAUGCAUCGCUAUAACAAAGAAACUGGUGCUAUGGAAUUAAUUCAGUUCCCCUACCCACCAUUUGAUGAAUUUGUCACAGAUCUUCACUUAAUGGGAGCCAUGAUAGCAGAUGGCCCUUUGAAAUCAUUUUGUUAUCGGAGACUAAGCUAUCUCUCUUCAAAAUAUCAGUUGCAUGUGCUGCUGAAUGAAUUGCGUGAAUUAGCUGCUCAGAAAGCUGUGCCCCACAGAGACUUCUAUAAUGCAAGAAAAGUGGAUACUCAUGUGCAUGCAGCUUCUUGCAUGAAUCAGAAGCAUCUUUUGCGGUUCAUCAAAAAGUCCAUGAAGGUCCAUGCUGAUGAUGUGGUUCAAGUUAAAGAUGGGAAAUCUAAGACUCUUAAGAAAGUUUUUGAAGAAUUGAAUAUUAAUAUGUAUGAUUUAAGUGUUGAUAUGCUAGAUGUUCAUGCAGAUAGGAAUACAUUUCAUCGAUUUGAUAAAUUCAAUGCCAAAUACAAUCCAGUAGGUGAAAGUUCCUUGAGAGAGAUAUACUUAAAAACGGACAAUUAUGUAAGAGGGAAAUAUUUUGCAGCCAUUUUGAAGGAAGUGUUUAGUGAUUUGGAGGAGAGUAAAUAUCAGAAUGCAGAACCACGACUCUCAAUAUAUGGUCGUAAGAUAGACGAAUGGGAUCGCUUAGCUGAGUGGGCAGUCAAGCACAACAUGUAUUCAGACAAUGUGCGCUAUCUAAUACAGAUGCCUCGUCUCUAUGAUAUUUUCAGAUCAAAUAACCUCAUACAGAAUUUUCAACAAAUUCUGGAUAAUGUCUUCCUGCCUUUGUUUGAAGUGACAGCCAAGCCUUCUUCUCAUCCAGAACUACACCUUUUUCUGAGAUAUGUAACUGGAUUUGAUUCAGUGGAUGAUGAAUCCAAGCCGGAGAAUCCAUCCUUUGACAAAGACAUAAACCCACCACUGCAGUGGACAGAUAAAGAAAACCCACCGUAUUCUUACUACCUCUACUAUAUGUAUGCAAAUAUCUGUACCCUCAAUCAUUUCAGGAAGUCUCGAGGACUGAAUACAUUUGUACUACGUCCUCACUGUGGUGAAGCUGGGGCUGUUCAGCACUUGAUAACUGGUUUUCUUCUCAGUGAGAACAUAUCCCAUGGCCUGCUUCUUAGGAAGGUUCCAGUAUUGCAGUACCUCUACUAUUUGGCUCAAGUGGGUAUUGCUAUGUCUCCUCUCAGCAAUAAUUCUCUGUUUUUGAACUACCACCGAAAUCCACUACCUGAAUACCUCAGCAGGGGACUUGUUGUUUCCCUUUCUACGGAUGAUCCACUACAGUUCCACUUUACUAGGGAACCCCUUAUUGAGGAAUACAGUAUUGCAGCACAGGUACUGAAACUUAGUAGCUGUGAUAUGUGUGAAUUGAGUCGCAAUAGUGUUCUCAUGAGUGGUUUCCCGGAUAAGUGGAAGAAAUAUUGGUUGGGUCCACAUUAUAUGAAAGAAGGAGUAGCUGGAAAUGACAUACAUAGAACCAAUGUGCCCGAUAUUCGGGUUUCUUACCGUUACGAAACUCUUGUUGAGGAACUCGAGACCAUAUCUUAUCCAAUUUUCAAUCAGUUCUAGUCAAAAACCAUACCUAAGAAAAAUUCUAUAGGUAUUACUAUAAAAAGUAAUUUUUAUAUGUUAUUUUCAUACAUUAUUAGUCAUAUUAAAACUUAUAUUUGGAGUGUUAUUGAAAGUUGUUGUUUUGUGUGAAAAACUGUCUUUAAAAGACAGCAGUGUAUAAUGAUAUGUCAUAGGGCAUUGUUUUUUAUUUUAUUAAGAUUCUGUAUCAUUUCUUUUGUGUCUUAUUUAAACAUGAAUAAACAAUCAACCAUGUGUUUUUAAAAUUUUCCAUAGUUGCUCAUUAGUGCAUUUAAACUUGGAAAAAUAUGCAAGAAACUAUAUUUGAGAAAUAAAUGAGAAUUAUGAUCAGAAAAGUGUUGCAAGCAUGCAGAUUAAUUCUUUUUAGAUUCAUAUCAAAUUUUAAUUUUAAGUCUCUAGUGUCAUAUAUGUUAAUUUAAAUUUCGGGAUAAUUCAUAAGUUUUUAUCUAAAUUUUGGGAAAAAAUUAUUUUAGUUAAUUUAUUUUUGAUCCUUAAAAAUUUUAUUAUUCAUAAUUUCUAAAAAUAAACAUAAAAGUACUCUCGUUUCCACAUUCCUUAUUUUCUGCAAUUAUUUGACUUUUUAAUAAAAUUGUAUUAAAAAAAGCUUGAAAACAAAAUCAUGAUUUUUCUGUCAGUAAAGCAUAACUAAAAACCUAAUCCACACAGUACCUUAAAAUGACCAAAUAAGUUUUGUAUUCAUGUUAAUUUGCUAUGAGAAAAAAUAAUGACAUUCAUUAAGAUUUUUAUAACAUUAGAUGGUCAUUAAAAUGAUAUUGUGUAAACGACUGGAAGAAUGUAUAUUUUGAAAUUAAUAAAUUUAUUUUGCAGUACUUAUUUUCACACAAUGACUUAAAUAAUGCAUUUUGAAAUUUUUAUCAUAUGUGAUGUAUUCUUAAGUAUUAUUGCAAGAGUAUAGAGAGUUUAAAAUACUUAGACUCUGUUUAACUGUGAUGAAUUAUAUUGUAACUACUGUAGCUGUUUAAAUGUAUGCAAAGUAUUUUUGAAGCUUUGAAAAUAUGAAUGUGUAGAAAAGGAACCAUUUAAACAUUUGAGUGUUUCAGAAUACUUAAAAAAAGGGACAAACAACAUUAUUUGAAAUCUUAUUCUAUAGAAUUCUCAAUAUAUAUUUAUAAAUUUUCAAUUACAAUGAAAUAACUUUAAACUAAAUGUGUGAAAUACACAUUUGCUUCUGUGAUAUCUAUUUCUCUAUGGGAUUUUUAUUAAAUUUUAAUAUAUUGAAAUAAAUUAAUGAAAAAGUGCGUCCAUAGAGAGAGAAAGUAUUUUGAAAUCAUUCUGGUAUUUAAGGCUUGAAUAUUUUAGCAUAUAUUUGUUUUAUAAUAUUCUAUAUAUUUAUAAUCUGUAAUUAAUAAAUACAACUUCUUAUUUUAAUUUUAACUGUUAUUUAAUUUGUACUUAGUCAAGUCUUCGUCUCAUUUUUGUAAUGAAACACCUUUUUUGCGUUUUGUGUUUUUAAUAUUUUUAUAAUUAUUUGGCUUGGCUAAUCUUUAGGUGCUGAAGCUUGAAAUAAUGUUUUUAUUUUAAAAUGAAUUCACAUAUUUUGUAAACUUCUUUGAAAAGCAAAGCAUUUUUUUUGUUAAACAUGUUGCAUUUUCUUUACUGAAAAAAAUGUCAUUUUACUAUCUAUAUUCAUUUAUAUUACAAUUUUUAACAUUUAAAAUGAGCUUUAUUAUAAAAUUAAUAAUAAUUUAAUUAAAAAAUAGCAUUUUUAAUGAUGUUAGCUACAGAAUUUCAUGCUUAUAAAUCUUAAUAUUGUUACUGAGAGUUUUUUAAGGUGCCAAAAUCAAACUCAGUGGUAGUGCUAGUCAGUCCAGCUCCAUUUUUUAUUUAUAUUUCAUCAAUAUUUUUGUUUUAACAUUGUAUAUGCUAUUGAAGUAAGGACUAUUUCUUUUUGUUCAUAAUUUAAGUCGUAUAUAUAUAUAUUUAUGUUUUAAGUGUCUUACAAAGCAAUUAACAUUGUUUUUCACUUUUGUUAUUUACAAUUUUUAAUUUGUUGGGUUUUGAUAUUUUAUAAUUUUAAUUUGUUAAUGAUUUAUAAUAGAAAAAAAACUGAUGAAUAUGCUCUUUUAUUGCAUGGUACAUGCAUAAUGUUGAUUCAUAAUUUUUAUUCUAAACUAUCAUUUAACAUUGUUUUCAAUUUUUUGAAAUGGUAGUAAUGUUAAAUUUUAAGGAAGAAAACAAACAGCUGUUGCAUGAUAGCAUAUAUCAUAUUAUGUUCAUACAAAUUUAAUCAUCGUAUUACAGCUUCAUUUAUUAUUUGUUGGAUGGUAAAGAUUUUUUAAUUCAGACGUGGAUAAAUAAUAUUUCAUUAAACAGACCUUGGAUAUAUCAACAUUGCUUUCUGAUGAACAUUUGUAUUUAUUUUAAAUUCACGAUAAUUUGCAUAGAGCUUAAUUUUACAUUUUUUAGGGGGUUUUGAAAAAUAUUGUACUUUAGAAAAUUUACUAGUUACAUUUUGAUUAAAACUUUUUUUAUGCUAUUAAAUUGGUGUUAUUAAAAUACUACUUUAAUUGUAAUUGUUACAUAAUACAUAAAUAGGAUUUUUAUAGUAUAACUCUAUUAUGAUAACCUGAAACUUAACAUUUUUUUUGUUAACAGAAUAGGUGCAUACUUUUUAAAUUUUUAUAUUACUUUUUGAGAUAUAGAAUUUUGAAAAUUUUAAAAGAAGUUUUAUGUGAUGUCAACAUUGUGCACUUUUGAAUUGAUCUCUGUUUAAUUUAGUAAUUUUCAAUAUUGUUCAAAGAUGUCUUAUUUUAUGUAGUGCUUACUGUAUAUUGUGCUUUGAAUCUUCUGUGUUUCCUAACUUAGCUUAGUAGCAUUUUUGUUAAAUGAGCAAUCGAAUAUGAAACAUGUUUUUUAAGUAGAUAGAGGCAUAUUAUUUUAUUUACUUAUUGUUUCUAUAAAAGUUUAUAGUUUAACAAAGAAAAGCCUAUUGAAUUCGAUAGACUCAUUAACUGAAAGAUUUAUUC